GCUUCCUCCCCACGCCCGAUCCUUCUGCGCACAGCCGGGAGGACGCGAGCCCGAGCCUCGUCCCCACGCCGCGGCGCGCGGGCUCCCUGCCCAGCCGAGAACAAUCAACCAUGACGACCGAAUCCGGCUCAGACUCAGAAUCCAAGCCAGAGCAGGAGGCCGAGCCCCAGGAGGCAGCGGGGGCGCAGGGGCAAGCCGGGGCGCAGCAGCGGGGGCCUGAGCCCAGCGGUGAGGACCAGCAGCAGGCUCUGGAACAGUUCGAGGGCGCGGCACACAGCACCCCCGUGAGGAAGGAGGUCACUGACAAGGAACGGGAGUUCGCUGCUGGGGCUGCAAAACAGCUCGAAUAUCAGCAAUUGGAAGACGAUAAACUUUCUCAGAAAUCAUCUAGCAGUAAACUAUCUCGCUCUCCAUUAAAGAUUGUCAAAAAGCCUAAAAGCAUGCAGUGCAAAGUGAUACUUCUGGAUGGAUCAGAAUAUAUCUGUGACGUGGAGAAACGCUCCAGAGGCCAAGUGCUCUUUGAUAAAGUAUGUGAACAUCUGAACUUGCUAGAAAAGGACUAUUUUGGGCUUACGUAUCGAGAUGCCGAAAACCAGAAGAAUUGGCUGGACCCUGCUAAGGAAAUAAAAAAACAGAUUCGAAGUGGUGCUUGGCACUUUUCAUUUAAUGUGAAAUUUUACCCACCAGACCCCGCCCAGCUCUCUGAAGACAUCACCAGGUACUACCUCUGCCUACAGUUGCGAGAUGACAUCGUGUCCGGAAGGCUGCCCUGCUCCUUUGUCACCCUGGCCCUGUUGGGCUCCUACACUGUCCAGUCAGAACUUGGAGACUAUGACCCAGAUGAAUGCGGGAAUGAUUACAUUAGUGAGUUCCGCUUCGCCCCAAACCACACGAAAGAACUGGAAGACAAAGUGAUAGAGCUGCACAAGAGCCACAGAGGAAUGACGCCAGCAGAAGCAGAGAUGCAUUUCUUGGAAAAUGCCAAAAAGCUGUCCAUGUAUGGGGUUGAUUUACAUCAUGCCAAGGAUUCUGAAGGAGUAGAAAUUAUGCUAGGAGUUUGUGCUAGUGGUCUGUUGAUAUAUCGUGACCGACUGAGAAUAAACAGAUUUGCCUGGCCUAAGGUUCUAAAAAUUUCAUACAAACGGAACAACUUUUACAUUAAGAUCCGGCCAGGAGAGUUUGAACAAUUUGAAAGCACCAUCGGGUUCAAGCUGCCAAACCAUCGAGCUGCCAAACGUUUAUGGAAAGUAUGUGUUGAACAUCACACAUUUUUCAGACUGUUGUUACCAGAAGCACCUCCAAAGAAAUUCCUUACCUUGGGCUCCAAGUUUCGUUACAGUGGCAGGACGCAAGCCCAAACGAGAAGAGCCAGCGCGUUGAUAGAUCGUCCUGCCCCUUACUUCGAACGCUCAUCCAGCAAACGCUACACCAUGUCUCGCAGCUUGGAUGGAGCGUCAGUGAAUGAAAACCAUGAAAUAUACAUGAAGGAUUCUGUGUCUGCUGCAGAGGUUGGUACUGGCCAGUACGCCACAACAAAGGGCAUCUCUCAGACCAACUUGAUCACCACUGUGACUCCGGAGAAAAAGGCCGAGGAGGAACGGGACGAGGAAGAGGAGAGACGGAAGAAGGCAGAGGAAGCCACGCCGGUGGCCGCAGUACGGCACGAGGGAAAGUCACCUGGGCUUGGCACUGACUCAUGCCUUCCGUCCCCCCCAUCAGCCCAUCGUCCCCCUGCACCCCCCCCAGAGCUCCGUAGGAGGUGUAAGGAGAAUGACCGCCAACCCCCGGGUGUCGAGCCGGCCCAAGGCGCCGUGCCCGUGCGCGGAGAGCCCGCCCUGGACUCUGACCACAAAGGGAGGCCGUCCUUAGGGGACCAAGAUGUGGCUUUUAGCUACAAACAGCAAACCGGCAAAGGGACCACCCUGUUUUCCUUCUCCUUGCAGCUCCCAGAGUCGUUCCCUUCUCUUCUAGAUGACGAUGGGUACCUCUCUUUCCCCAACCUGUCGGAAACCAACCUCCUCCCCCAGAGCCUGCAGCAUUACCUCCCGAUUCGCUCGCCCUCCCUUGUGCCCUGUUUCCUCUUCAUCUUUUUCUUUCUGCUCUCCGCCUCCUUCUCAGUGCCAUAUGCCCUCACUCUCUCCUUCCCUCUGGCUAUGUGCCUCUGCUACCUGGAGCCCAAGGCGGCCUCCUUGAGUGCCUCACUAGACAAUGACCCGAGUGACAGUUCAGAGGAAGAGACCGACAGUGAGCGCACGGACACCGCGGCCGAUGGGGAAACCACCGCCACUGAGUCGGACCAGGAGGAAGAUGCAGAGCUCAAGGCACAGGAGCUAGAUAAAACUCAAGAUGACCUGAUGAAACAUCAAACCAAUAUUAGUGAGCUGAAAAGAACCUUUUUAGAAACCUCCACAGACACUGCCAUCACAAACGAAUGGGAGAAGAGGCUCUCCACCUCCCCAGUGAGACUAGCCGCCAGGCAGGAGGACGCGCCCAUGAUCGAACCGCUUGUACCCGAAGAGACUAAACAGUCUUCUGCCGAAAAGCUCAUGGAUGGCUCUGAAAUCUUCAGUUUAUUAGACUCUGCGAGAAAACCAACGGAAUUCAUAGGAGGGGUUACUUCUACUUCUCAAAGCUGGGUUCAGAAAACGGAAACCAAGACGGGGCCCAGCAAAACAGAGCCGGAAACAAGCCAGCACCCCCAGUCACUUAGCGCCGAGAAGGUUGUGCAGGAAACCGUGUUGGUGGAGGAAAGACAUGUCAUGAAUGUGCAUGCGAGUGGGGAUGCUUCUUACGCAGCUGGAGAGGAUGUGGAUGCUGCGGCACAGGCAGCAUCUGCUGAUGCUUCUGGCUUGAAAGGGAAGGAGGGCUCUGCCCUGACAGAGGGGGCUAAAGAGGAAAAGGGGGAGGUGGCUGGCAAAGCUGUCCUCGAACAGGAAGGAACGGCCACUGCUUCCCAUGAGUCAGAGGAGGAGCAGAGUGCAGCAACCCACGUUUCUGAAACUUGGGAACAAAAACCUCAUUUCGAGUCAUCGACUGUGAAGACAGAAACCAUCAGCUUUGGCAGCGUUUCACCAGGAGGAGUAAAGCUAGAAAUUUCUACCAAGGAAGUGCCGGUAGUUCACACAGAAACGAAAACCAUAACAUACGAAUCCUCACAGGUCGAUCCGGGUGCCGAUUUGGAGCCGGGUGUGCUGAUGAGCGCACAGACGAUCACAUCUGAAACCACCAGUACCACAACCACCACCCACAUCACCAAAACUGUGAAAGGAGGCAUUUCAGAGACGAGGAUUGAGAAGCGCAUCGUCAUCACAGGAGAUGCGGACAUUGACCACGAUCAGGCUCUGGCUCAGGCAAUUAAAGAGGCCAAAGAGCAGCACCCUGACAUGUCAGUGACCAAAGUAGUGGUCCAUAAAGAGACCGAGAUCACACCGGAAGACGGAGAGGAUUGACCCCAGGAAUAACUUAGCCUGCACAUGAAUCCAGUCAUGCAAACCAUUAGGAAAACCAGAGCCUAUAUGGAGUCCCCUCUUCUAACCCAACUGACUUGUAUCUGCCCAUGGAAAAUUUCAAUCCGGAAGAACUGACCUUGACCGUUAACAAAGACACUGGCAGAGAGAUCUUCCCAUAAUAAAGCAAUCCGAAUCAGCAUCACGAAACUGAUAUUGCAUGAAGCAACGAUAAAAUUACAAAAAGAGUAGCAUUUUUAAUUUCCACCAAGUGUCUAAGUUUUCAGCUAUACCUGCACGUUCAUAACCAACAAUAUAAACCGUGAUCUCAUGUAACACAUAAACAAUCCAUGCCUUUCAUAGUUUAUCCAAGUCUAAACAAAACUGCAGUUUCUUAGGUGACAGAUCUUUUGUUUACAGACAGACGAAGAUGACCCUAAAAUGCUAGAAGCUGUCUAGGUCCAAUGUGUCAGGUUUAUCCCAGAUUAGAUGUGCCAAUAACCGAGUUUAUUCAGUAAACAACUUGGAUCUUGUACUUGUUUCACCUGGUUUUAUUACUCCGCCCGUAAACAGCAACGACUCCCGAUCGUCUGGAAAUAUUUAAUGCUUACAAUCCUGCUUUGUGUAUCUGACUUAAUCCGUUACCAGGUAGUACUGAUUUUAGCAUAUUAAUGUGAAAUUUCUUCCUCGUUCGCUUUGGUCUGCGUCCAAUCCGGAAAGCUUCCAAGAGUCCCCUGACAAGUCCUAAAUAUAUGUGAAUUGUCAUUAUUUGGGGAAGAAAAUCUGUAUUUUUGUUAGUUUACAAUAUUAUGAAAUUUCACCCCAGAAAAACCUGUUGGGCUUCUGAUGCUUCGUUUUCUUUCUUCGUUCCUUCUUCCUUGUGUUUUUUUAAGUUGAUUUUUUUUUCUUUUACUUGAAAAAAAGCGUUUUAUUUCCAAAUCUGGUCCAUAUUUACAAUCUAGUUCAGAGCCAAGCCUUAAAUUGUACAGAAUUUCCACUGUAAUUAAAGUAUUUAGUGUUUAGUUAUAAAUAGCCUUCAAAAAGAUAUAUUCUCCAUUACACUGUCAACUGCAUCACACAGCCCAUGGUGAAUGUAUGUUUCUGCAUAGCAAAAUAAAAAUGGUAAAUGCAUUUAAAGCUCUAA